GACCAAUGAUCUCCAGAUCAAUACAAAUUUCCUAUACUGGUCAUGCAGGGUUUCUGUCGACAGUUCUCGUUUCCAGGUACCAGGCGUAUCCUCACUGAUGGCACCCCGCGACCCCUGCGGCAUCUGCACGCCUUCGCCGCAGCGCAAGCUCCAAGAAAACGAACAUUCUUUUCCUCCAAUGCGGCUCUACAGCAAGAUGCCGUUCCUUCUACGGAUGGUGGCAUAAAAGAAAUCCCACCUGCGCAAAAGAGAAAACCUAUAAGAACUCCCCCGGGGAAGACGUCGUUGAGGAGGGUGGCGGUCGAGGCGCAAAGGUCCAGGGCAAAUGUACUUCGUCAACAAGAUGCAAUCGGCAGAGGGGAAGGUAGUAAUAGAGUUACUGCGCUCUCAGUGGCCGAUCAAUUCGAUAUGGAUGUUGUGGUCAGGAUUCUACGGUCUCACGGCUUUCCAAUCGAUCCGGAUGGAACCGGCUUCGACACAGAUCAAGUCAUACACACCCGAGGGGUAAACAAUGGGGAUAUCUUUGUCUUUCCCUCUGGCUCAUUAGUUUCAUGGUCUCUACCAGAGGAUGUUGCUUAUGAUCUGGCUACCAAAUCUUUACUCCCUGCCGCGAUCAAUCCCCAUGUGGAUCAGAUGGAGAUGGAGGACUUUGAAUACGAAGAAGAUCCAAACCGAGACAGCAGUAGCAUCAAGGGAGACGUUAUCGUCCUGGGCACUAAUACCGGCUCGCAAGCUGAAGACUCCAAGGUCGAUACAACCUUUGCGAAGAUUGCCUUUUCAUCAGGUCUUGCCCGAUCUACGAAACUCGCUGUAGUAGAAACCAUGUUAGGAAAAUACUUUGAAUCUACGAGGACCAUUCCAAGUCUGCUGUCCCGAGGCUCACGUCUUCCGUUCGACCGAAGGUUCAUGCUACAAAAAACAGGAGAAUUACUUGAGUUGAGGGCACAAUUGAACCAUUAUUCAGAACUGACAGAUUCAUUGCCGGAUCUCUUCUGGGAUAGUAGACAUGAGCUGGGCCUCGAAGGUUACUAUGACCAGGUUGGACGGGCUCUCGACGUCGGUGUUCGGAUCAAGACCUUGAACGAGAAGAUGGACUAUGCUCAGGAGAUCGCCAGCAUCCUCCGACAGACCAUGAGUGAGAAGCACAGUAUUCACCUUGAAUGGAUUAUUAUCAGCCUUAUUGCGGUUGAGGUAGCAUUCGAGCUUCGGCGCGAAUGGAAAGAGAGGAAUAAGAGACUCGCAGAAGCGGAAGAAUAAUAACCUCCAGCUGGACCGUGGUCCUUGUUGACUUAUCAGAUCAGAUGAUUUUCUUUGCGGCGUUUCAAAAUUCGAGACCAAAAUACCCCUCAAUCCUAGAUCCAAAACAUCAAUAUUAGAAAUCCCAAUCUGGUCCGUGGAGAAUGGCCUAUCAUACAACUCUAUUCUUAGCAAAAGGCAAUUCUGGGUAUAUGCUCCAGAGUACUUACGCAAAGAACUCAGCCAGAGACAACCACCUUGGCCUUGUGUCACUUGGCUCAAACAAUCGGCGUUUGUUUUCGAUGAUCGAAAAUCUAUAGUUGGGAUAAACUUUUAGAUAUCUUGAGAGAUCACAAGAAUAGAAACCCGAAACCUUGUCACC